UAACUUUUCAAUUUCAUCCAAUCAGGAUUGAUGACACGAUGAUAGAAAUGAACUUUAGCCACUAACUUCAUAUUAUUCAGAUCCUUCCCGCCAAAAAUAUUUCUUAAGUUUGCGAGACCCUAUUUAUUUAUUGCUUUUUAUAUUUAAAAUGGAUAUUGCUGACGCUAAUAUCGGUUUAAGACUACAUCGUGAUGAAAUUGGAAUUAGGUGCCAAAAACUGUUUCAGGAUUUUUUAGAAGAGUAUAAAGAAGAAGGCGAACUUAAAUAUUUAGAACCAGCUUUAGAACUUCAGAGUGAGGAAAGAAGCACAAUUGAAAUAAGUUUUGAAGAUGUAGAAAAGUACAACCAAAACUUGGCUACUACGAUAAUUGAAGAAUACUUUAGGAUUUAUCCAUAUCUAUGUCAAGCUGUUGCAAACUUUGUUAAAGAUCGUGCUGGACUCAAAACGGAAAAAGAAUGUUAUAUCAGUUUUAUGGAUGUACCUACACGACAUAAAGUUAGAGAACUGAAAACUGAGAAAAUUGGUACAUUGGUAAGGAUAUCUGGACAAGUUAUUCGUACUCAUCCUGUGCAUCCAGAAUUGAUUUCCGGGACAUUCACUUGUAUGGAAUGUCAGACUGUGAUAAAAAAUGUAGAACAACAGUUUAAGUUUACAAAUCCCACAAUUUGUCGAAAUCCAGUAUGCAGUAAUCGCCGUAAAUUUACGUUAAAUGUUGACAAAUCCAAAUUUGUGGACUUCCAAAAGGUUCGAAUUCAAGAAACACAAGCAGAAUUACCCAGAGGAUGUAUACCAAGAAGUGUCGAGGUUGUGUUAAGAGCAGAGAAUGUAGAAACAGUUCAGGCUGGGGAUAGAUAUGACUUCACUGGAACUCUUAUAGUAGUACCUGAUGUUGGAGCUUUUGCUCUUCCUGGUGCAAAAACACAGAUAUCUGCCAAAAAUCGACGCACUGAGGAAUCUGAGGGUGUAAGGGGCUUGAAAGCUCUUGGAGUUCGGGAUCUACAUUACCGCAUGGCAUUUUUAGCAUGUAGUGUGCAACAGACUGUCUCCAAAUUUGGAGGAAUUGAAAUGCCUUUAGGAGAGAUAACUCCUGAAAUCAUGAAACAGCAGAUGACUGAAGGAGAAUGGACACAUAUGUAUGAAAUGUCCCAUGAUAAAAAUUUGUAUAAUAAUAUGAUAAACAGUCUUUUCCCAAGUAUUCAUGGUAAUGAGGAGGUGAAGAAAGGGAUUCUUUUGAUGCUGUUUGGAGGGGUUUCAAAAACAACAAUAGAAGGUACAUCAUUGAGAGGUGAUAUAAAUUGUUGUGUAGUUGGAGAUCCAAGUACAGCAAAAAGUCAAUUUCUUAAGCAGGUCUCUGAAUUUUCUCCAAGAGCAGUAUAUACUUCAGGUAAAGCUUCAUCUGCAGCAGGUUUAACUGCCGCUGUGGUAAAAGAUGAAGAAUCUUCAGAUUUUGUUAUCGAAGCUGGAGCUCUCAUGUUAGCAGAUAAUGGAGUAUGUUGCAUAGAUGAGUUUGACAAAAUGGAUGUAAAAGAUCAGGUAGCUAUUCAUGAAGCUAUGGAACAACAGACUAUUUCCAUAGCCAAAGCUGGUGUUAGAGCUACUUUGAAUGCUAGAACGUCAAUUUUAGCAGCAGCUAAUCCAAUUGGUGGUCGCUACGAUCGUGCUAAAUCUUUACAACAGAAUAUAGAUUUAUCAGCUCCUAUUAUGUCAAGAUUUGAUCUGUUCUUCAUUCUAAUAGAUGAAUGUAAUGAAGUGAUAGACUAUGCAAUAGCUAGAAAAAUUGUGGAUCUCCAUUGUAAUAUAGAAGAAACUGUCGAAAGAGUUUAUACUAAACAAGAAGUGCUACAAUACAUUAGUUUCGCUAGGAAGUUUAAGCCUAUUCUCAGCAAGGAAGCUGGAGAUUUAUUGGUACAUUAUUACAAUCGAUUGAGACUAAGGGAUAGUUCAAGUACAGGUAAGUCAACGUGGCGUAUCACCGUAAGACAAUUGGAAAGUAUGAUACGACUUUCUGAAGCAAUGGCAAGAAUGGAUAUUUCAGAUGAAGUUCAAAUCAAACAUGUCAAAGAAGCAUAUCGAUUGUUGAAUAAAUCUAUUAUAAGAGUGGAACAACCUGAAAUUCAACUGGGAGAUGAUAAUGAUGAAGCUAAUAAUGAUGAAAAUAUAGAAGCAACUCCAGAACCCACUGUAACUUCUACUGUAACAAAAAAGAAGAUGGUGUUGAGUUUUGAGGAAUACAAAAAUAUCAGUAAUAUGAUCGUUGUUCAUAUGAGGAGAGAAGAAAGUCGGAUGGAAACAGAAGACAGAGAAGGUAUUCGCAGAAGUGAUGUAGUUGAAUGGUACCUUAACCAAAUAUCAGAUCAAAUAGAAAAUGAAGAUGAAUUGAUAGAGAAAAAAGACAUGUUUGAAAAAGUUCUUGAUCGCCUUAUGUAUCACGAUCAAAUUAUUAUCCCUCUAACAAGCACGGGAUUGAAAGGACCAAGUCAAAUAGAAGAGGAAGAUCCUGUGGUAGUAGUUCAUCCAAAUUAUGUUAUUGACCAGUAGAAUUCGAGUCUUUACACAACAACAAGUGGUAUGCACAUACAUAAAGUUAUAAUUAAUCAUGUUCAUUAUCACUUUAUCAUAUUAUUGUAAAUCAUUUCAUAUCGAAUUUUCAUCUUUUGUAUUUUAAUGAAAAAACAUGGUACAUGAAGUGGAAUAAAAUUAACAAAGGACUUUUUGAUUUAUGCUUGAUAGUUGAAAUAAGAAAUUAAUUGAACUUGGCUAUUUCACAACACAAAACAUUCAGUCAGUAUCUAUGAUUAAAAAUAUAAAUUGGAAAUUUUAUUUUAGAAAACAAAAAUGUACAUAACAAAAUACAAUAAAGUUUCAUCUAUCUUUCAAA